AUGCAAGAGCUGUAUAAAAGCAGGUUCUUCUCCUCACUCUCACAUUCACUCCUCUCACCUCCAUCUCCUUGGAACAAGGUGCACGUGCAGCCCCAAGACAUGUCCUGCUACAGCCCGUGCCGGCCCUGCCAGCCCUGCGGCCCCACCCCGCUGGCCAACAGCUGCAAUGAGCCCUGUGUCAGGCAGUGCCAGGACUCCCAUGUGGCCAUCCAGCCCUCGCCCGUGCUGGUGACCCUGCCCGGCCCCAUCCUCAGCUCCUUCCCUCAGAACACCGCCGUGGGAUCCUCCACCUCGGCUGCUGUUGGCAGCAUCCUCAGCUCUCAGGGAGUGCCCAUCAACUCUGGGGGCUUUGGCCUCUCUGGCUUGGGCAGUGGCCUCUGUGGCACGAGGUGCCUGCCCUGCUAA